AUGCCGUUCGCAAUCGGGACAGAUGGGCCGUUCGUGCCCGCCUUAAUCGUUGUUGACAUGCAGGAGGAUUUCUGUCCACCCAAUGGAUCUCUUGCAGUCGAAGGAGGCCGAGAUCUCGCGCCAUUGAUCAAUGACCUCCUCUCUGAAUCAGGGUUUGUGACGCGUAUCGCAACUCAAGAUUACCAUCCUUCAGACCAUAUCUCCUUUGCCAGCAACCAUCCCCCUCCAAAUAACCGACCCUUUGAAUCGUUCAUCGAAAUGAAGAACCCGGCGCCGGGAAAGGAAUCCGAGACAAAAUCCCAACAGCUCUGGCCCGUUCAUUGCGUGGCUGACAGCCCCGGCGCGCAGCUUAUCCCCGAGCUUCGCGCCGAUCUCAUCGAUAUAGUCGUUCAUAAAGGAAAGCACUCACAGGUCGAGAUGUACUCUGCCUUUGCCGAUGCAUUUGGCAACAGUGUUCCUGCUAUGAUAGAGAAGUCGGUCAACAUGGACAUCGCUGAGUUGCUCCGUGCCCGCAAGGUGACAGAUGUCUUUGUCGUGGGGCUAGCUGGGGACUACUGUGUCAAAUGCACAGCCAUUGAUGCUGCAAAGGCUGGAUUUCGGAGCUGGCUUAUCGAAGAGGCAACAAAGUGCGUUGUGCCGACAGUUUGGGAUAAAAUCAAGGAGGAGCUUCAGGCUGCGGGGGUCUCGGUGAUCCAUGCAGACGACCCAGUUGUCCAGAAAUUGGCUGUGAGGUAG